GUACCAGCAUACUGCCACAUCACGAACACAAUAUACAUUGCAUCGAGUAUUAAAGUGCUUCAAUAUGCGUUAUUACGAAAGUUAUGUCACGGGCUUAUAUUUGGCCACAAAAGUGAUGUAUGUAAGCAACAUAUUAACAAACUUGAUAUUAGUAAAUAAAUUCUUGGAGACUGAUGAAUAUUCCAUCUAUGGCCUUGGAGUGCUGCGCGAUCUCCUCUUUGGUCGCUCGUGGAUGGAGUCCGGUAAUUUUCCACGCGUUACAUUAUGCGAUUUUGAAGUGCGUGUUCUUGGCAAUAAUCAACGACAUUCUGUACAGUGUGUCCUUGUAAUAAAUAUAUUCAACGAGAAGAUAUUUAUUUUAAUUUGGUUGUGGUUUUCGAUGUUAUUUGUUGCUGCCACAUUGGACGCUUUGUACUGGUUCAGUAUUUCGCUGUUUCACAGGUACGCUUUUCAGUCACCUGACAAUUUAGCUAGACACAGAGCUCACAGCUAAAG